UCUGUGACUAUUUCUUCUUCAGGUGUGUUUGCUGCUACAGACGGACUGAACUCAGUGUCAGUGAUGGAGGGAGAUUCAGUCACUCUAGAGUCUGGUCUUACUGAGAUGAAGGACGAUGAUCUGAUUCAGUGGAGGUUUGGAUAUAACAAGACUUUAAUAGCUGAUAUCAAUGUACUGGAAGACAGCAUCUCUGUAUUUGAUGAUGUUCCUGACGGGAGAUUCAGAGACAGACUGAAGCUGGACGAUCAAACUGGAUCUCUGACCAUCACAAACAUCACAACUGAACACUCUGGAGUUUAUCAUCUACAGAUCAACAGUGAGAGCAAGAAUUUCAGUCUCACUGUUUAUGCUCGUCUGCCUGUUCCUGUCAUCAGCAGUAACUCUUCACAGUGUUCUUCAUCCUCCUCAUCCUCAGAGCAGAAUUGUUCAUUGGUGUGUUCAGUGGUGAAUGUGGGUCAUGUGACUCUCUCCUGGUACAAAGGAAACAGUUUAUUGUCCAGCAUCAGUGUGUCUGAUCUCAGCAUCAGUCUCUCUCUACCUCUGGAGGUGGAAUAUCAGGAUAAAAACAGCUACAGCUGUGUGCUCAACAAUCCCAUCAGCAACCAGACUCAACAUCUGGACAUCACUCAGCUCUGUCUCACAUGUGCAGAAGUCCCUGUCCAUUGUUGUGGUACUGCCGAAGCUGUGAUCCAAUUGGUCGUCAGUGCUCUGGUGGGCGUGGCUACUGCAGCGGCUGUUGUGCUUCUGGUCAAUGACAUCAGAUCUACAAGGAGAAAAAGAUAAAACAGAACAAACUCAAUAAUGUAAAAUGAGAAUAUCAUCUAUAUAAUCAGUUUAAAUUCUGGAUGAGAUCAGUGAAUCAGGUCACUAUGUGAUGAUUAUGUCAUUAUCAAAACAUAAUUAACAAUACCUGAUUUUCUGGUAGCAACUAAAAGCAAACACUCACCAUCAUAACUGUGAUGAAACAUUUU